GCGCAUGCGUAGAUAAAUCUGAAAAUCUGGAAAUUCCCGAAGUUUUUACCAAAAACUGCAGUCUAUUACUUUUUAAAGCUGUCAAUACUUUACAAGAAUAAGAGGAAAGGUUGUAAGAGUGGACAAGCACUUUUACAAGAACAUUGGUUGACGACAAUGAAGAUAUGAGUGAAGGGUCUAACCAGGUUUUUGGAGAGAAGAUGGCUAUACCAGAAGGAGGUGUGGAAGAAAUGGAUGUUUCACCCCAUACAGAUGACAGCCCAGGUUAUGUAAACCUUAAAAUGAAAGGACCAGGGAGACCAAUAAAUAUACGUUCUGAUGAGAAAUUACCAACAUUAAGCCAGAUCAUUAAAGCCAACAAAUCAAGACUGCCUGUAUCAAAUGCACAUUUCCAGAAUCACCUCAUACAAUCUCAGCCUGAAAAUGGAGUAGAGGAGGGAUCAGAAGAAUUCCUGGACAAGAAUACAAGCUGCAGCAUAUUAUUUGACAGUAAUUCACCAGAAAGUGCAGGCAGCAUAGCUUAUAUAGAACCAGAUGAGUACAAAGAGCCAGAACAAAGUGCAGAGAAUGUUUCUGCUAAGAAAAGUGAUCAACUAUACGAAAGUGGAGAGGAAAGGACACAGCUGGAUUCUGGGUUUAACUCCCAGUCCGAGGUGGUUUCCAUAAGUUCAAAUUUUACAUGUGGUAGGUCAGCAAUUCAGGACAGUCCAGCAAAAAUAAGAUACAGGUUAAGCCAAGAGGGCGGUAAGAAAAAAGUUGGCUCACAGAAAAAUGGACCUGGAAAGGAUGAUAACAGCUUAAGGCUUGUACACAGAAAAGCACCAUACCCAAAAUGGAUGAACAUUCCAUUGAGAGAAAUUAUAGAGCAACGAGGUUACUAUGUUGAUAUUGAAGGAAAAAAGCACCUUGUGCAAGUCAAUUUAGUACCAAUAGAGAACGAACCUGAAACAACCCUGCAAAAGGGACUUGGUACAAACUCUGAAAGUGACCCAGAUGUUUUAAAUGAAAUAAUCACAGAUGGAUCAAUUGACAGGCCUCCAGAUGCAAGCCUCAGUCUCAAACAGGGGCAUGACCAAACUUCGGCUGUGUAUCCAGUUGCUAGUACACAGCCGUCUACAAAUACCCUUUACAAUGAUGGCAACAUUUUCCCAAAUUCGGACAACCAGGCAGCAUUGACGGGAAUGGUGUCUGCUCCUGAUAUCUAUGGAAAUGCACCUGACCAGCCUCUAGACUUAACAAUUGUCAAACCAUUAGAUCUAUCAAAGAAGGAAAAAUCAAAUAAUAUUCUUCAAGAAGAUAAUCCUAUUCCAGUGCAGGGAAAUGAAGAAGUGAAUAGUUUUGAACCAAGUGAUAUGGACAGUGCUUCAAUGAACGUGCGAGCAGAAACUGAAUAUCGAAUCAGAUGUCCAUCAGUGGCAAGUAUUUAUGACAGAGAGUCAGAAUUAGGUGAUGAAUCAUAUGACACAGACUUUAUCUCCGAUCAGAGUCAGAAUUAUUCGGAACAAAACAGUUUUUCUGAUGGUAAUUUGCCAAGUCUGUCGAGGCUUACACUAGAAUGUAGCAGUAAGUCACAAAAUUUCGCAAUUCAAGAUUCAUCUGUAAAGCAAGAAAUGGAAAAUACUGUCAGCAGUCAGAGAACAACUCAGAGUGGUCAACAACAUAUUAGAGAUUUAAUUGCCAGUGGACAGGUUAGUCUUCAGCAGCUAGUAGAAUUGUAUUGUCGGAAUCAGCUUCAGAAGUCUGCAAAUGUUCCACUGCACACAUCACACCUGGCUUCAGUCAAACAUGAAGUGAUCCCCACCCAACAGCAACAAUUACAACCGCAUGUAGUCCUUCCCCAGGUUGAUAAUGCUGAAGGUGAACAAGAUAUUCCCACGCCGGCUAUGCCAAAUCUUUGUAGUUUAGAGUUAGCAAAUACUGAAGGCGGUAUGUUUGAGACGGAACAGGAGCGUGUCAGGAACAAUUUAAAAAAGAAGCUAAAGCAGAAACAAAAUAUGUAGGAGUGUUAGAAUUUAGUCCAUAUUGGACUGUUUGUGUAGGAUGGACCUGACUGUGCAUUCAUGUAUUUGUUCAAUUAUAAUAUCUUUGCAGUGACAUUUCCUCUAAAGAAAUGAAACCAUACAGAAUUUGUUCAAUUUCUGGCAUUAAACAGAACAGAAGACAAUAUUUUAUGACACAAAAUUUACUAUAAAAAUGUAACCUGGUAACAUUAAGGUAUAAAAAAAUUGCCACUUAUCCAGUCUAAAAGUGAUUCUUUAUGAGAAAUGUUUAUAAAGACAUAAUUUAUAUCACCAAAGUGCUCACUUGAUAUUUAUUGAAUAUUUUCGCAAAUACAGUGGAACCUGUCUAUAAAGAUCACCCUUUGAAGAGCCAAAAUGUGGUCUUUAUUGGGAGGUGGUCUUUAUUCACAGGUUAAAAUACACAGUUAAUGUUCAAAUGGGAAACAUGACAUGUAGUGUUUAGAACCAGGUGGUCGCUGUUCAUAGGUGGUCUUUAACACGUUUGACUUACUGGAUUUUUAGCUCACCUGUCACAAAGUGACAAGGUGAGCUUUUGUGAUCGCCCAGCGUCCGUCGUCCGUCCGUGAGUGCGUAAACUUUUGCUUGUGACCACUCUAGAGGUCACAUUUUUCAUGGGGUCUUUAUGAAAAUUGGUCAGAAUGUUCACCUUGAUGAUAUCUAGGCCAAGUUCGAAACUGGGUCACGUGCGGUCAAAAACUAGGUCAGUAGGUCUAAAAAUAGAAAAACCUUGUGACCUCUCUAGAGGCCAUAUUUUUCACAAGAUCUUCAUGAAAGUUGGUCUGAAUGUUCACCUUGAUGAUAUCUAGGUCAAGUUCAAACUGGGUCACGUACCGUCAAAAACUAGGUCAGUAGGUCAAAUAAUAGAAAAUCCUUGUGACCUCUCUGGAGGUCAUAUUUUUCACGGGAUCUCCAUGAAAAUUAGUCAGAAUGUUCAUCUUGAUGAUAUCUAGGAAAAGUUCGAAACUGGGUCACGUCCGGUCCAAAACUAGGUCAGUAGGUCAAAUAAUAGAAAAACCUUGUGACCUCUCUAGAGGCCGUAUUUUUCAUUGGAUCUGCAUGAAAAUUGAUCAGAGUGUUCAUCUUGAUGAUAUCUAGAUCAGGUUUGAAACCGGGUCAAUUGCGGUCAAAAACUAGGUCAGUAGGUCAAAUAAUAGAAAAUCCUUGUGACCUCUCUAGAGGUCAUAUUUUUCAUGGGAUCUGCAUGAAAAAUGGUCAGAAUAUUCAUCUUCAUGAUAUUUAGGUCAGGUUCGAAACUGGGUCACAUCCGAUCCAAAACUAGGUCAGUAGGUCAAAUAAUAGAAAAACCUUAUGACCGCUGUAGAGGCCAUAUUUUUCAAGGGAUCUGCAUGAAAAUUGGUCAGAAUGUUCAUCUUGUUGAUAUCUAGGUCAAGUUCGAAAUUCGGUCAACUGCGGUCCAAAACUAGGUCAGUAGGUCUAAAAAUAGAAAAUUCUUGUGACCUCCCUAGAGGCCAUAUUUUUCAUGGGAUCUUCAUGGAAAUUGGUCUGAAUGUUCACCUUGAUGAUAUCUAGGUCAAGUUUGAAACUGGGUCACGUGCGGUGCAAAACUAGGUCAUUAGGUCAAAUAAUAGAAAAACCUUGUGACCUCUCUGGAGGUCAUAUUUUUCAUGGGAUC